CGAGCGGACACCGAAACAAAUACAACAAAUGUAGUUGGCAUUGAAAGUGUUGAGCGUGAACAUCUUAUGCUGCUAUCAGUCCUGCCAUUGUUAUGAUGACCAGAAAAUUAUCGUUCGAGUGUUAAAAGUAAACAUGAGGGAAAGUCUGCCCUCGAGUCCACCCAGCGUGUCCAGCGAUGAAGAUUACAGGGUGGAAGAGAUCACCAAAUCCGACAGGGAUGAUUCCGAUAACGAAAUCGUCCAGCACGACGGACAGCAUGAGCUGCCGACUUUCGGAAAUGUUUCGGUGAUGAACUCCAAUGACAUACAUUUCGGGAAUAAGACCGUUUAUCAGGGACCAGUGACUAUAAAACAGUUUUUAUAUGCUAAAGAAAAUGCAGUGGAAAACAGUGAUGCGUUACGCUUCAACAAAAAUUUGUGCGCUGAUGGGGUCGAUAACAAAAACUUUUUGGGAGACAAUGAUGUCGUGGAUAAACAAGUAAAGAAUAUAAAUGUGCCAGACAACAAUAUUGCCCCUGUUGAUAAAGGUUUUUAUAUUCUGCAUAAGUUCCCCCAUCGGAAAGCUCUUCUCCUAGCAUUACUGACAGCAUUUAUUAUUGUUGUUGUGAUAUUAUUAGCAGUACUAUUAAGUAGGCGUCCUAGUCAAUUGACAAAUAGUGAAGGUAGGAAACAUGAAAAUGAGGUUUUGGGUAUACCACCUUAUCAAGUAGAUCAAAACCUAACCCUUACGGGUAAAUUAAGAAUGGUAAGUAGAGUGGAAUGGCUUGCUCAACCAGCUGUGGAUAGCACACCCUUAAAAACCCCGGUACCACUUGUAAUAAUCCACCACACAGCCACUGAAAAUUGCUCUGCUUAUGGACAAUGCGUGCUUCAAACUAGACUGAUUCAAGAUUUUCAUGUACAAAGCAGACAAUGGUGGGACAUAGCAUAUAAUUUUUUGGUAGGUGGAGACGGUUCUGCCUACGAGGGUCGAGGUUGGACAAAAGAAGGAUCCCACCAGUUCGGCUAUAACAAUCACAGCAUUGGAAUAGCCUUUAUAGGCACUUUUAUGAAAUACAAAGCCCCGCAAAUUCAAAUCGAUGCCUGCAAAAAACUCAUACAGCAGGGUGUCGAUCAAGGUUACCUUAUUAAAGAUUAUAAAAUUUUAGCAGCUCGUCAAUUACAAACCACUGAGAGUCCAGGCUUGGCUUUGUAUGAGGAUAUAAUGACAUGGCCUCAUUGGUCCGAAACACCCUAAAUAGUUUAGUUGUACAAUUAAACGAAAAACGAUAUGUAUUAAGAC